CGAAAAUCCCUGCAGCCAGCUGGAAUCAAGAGCGCUCGCGCCCGCCCAGCCCACCGCCGCCGGCGCCAUCGCGAUGAAUUGCGCGGCGUGCUCCUCGAGACUCGCCGCGGCCAACGAGCUGUUCUUUUACGAAAAGAGCGCGAAGGAGGUGCACCUGGCGCUGCGCCCCGAAUGCCGUCCGCUCCUCGAGCGCAGCAUGCGCCUGCUCGAGGCGACCAGGAAGGGCGCAAAGGUCGUCUGCAGGCGCGACGGAUGCGAGGCCGAAGUCGGCAAGGAGGUUCCCUUCGGGCCUGGUGGUGCCCUCUUCGUCGCCUUCGCGCUGAGCAGCGUGGUGCUGCUGGGCUCGCCGCUCCCGCGGAAGAGGAAGUGGUCCGAGGUCCGUCUCGACGCGCCCUUCCGCAGCAUCGAACGGAGGUCGGACGACGGCUUCUUAGGCAGGCCCGAGCCGCCGCAGGCCGCCUCCUCCGGCGCCGACGGGAUGGGCAGCGGCAGACCUGCACGGCCGAUUCCAGUGCAGCCGGCCUCCCUCGAAGACUUCGCGUGGGACGGCCUCACUCUGGCAGAGCCGCGCUCCUACCAGAUCGAGGCGUUCGUCGAGGCGCUUUCGCGGAACGUCAUCGUGGUGAUCCCGACUGGUGGCGGGAAGACCCUUGUAGCAUCGAUGAUUCUGGCGCGCAUGCGGCGGCUGAAUCGUGACCACAUGGGCUUGUUCGUGGUGGACCGCAUUCCGCUCGUCUUUCAGCAGGCUGUUGCGAUUGCUGCCGAGACUGGCCUGCGUGUGUGCAAGCUGUGCAGCGAGAACAGGACCAAAGCAACUAUCCACGAACUCAAUGAUGGCGCUUUUGAUCUCUUAGUGGUCACAGGAGGCUCCCUGCGCGAGAUGCUGCGAAGGAGCGAGCUAUCGCUUGAGGUCUUCUCCGUCGUAGUAUUCGACGAGGCGCACCACGCAACUGGGGAGCAUUGCUACGCAGGCCUGCUUGAGGCGAUCCGUGCAGUGCCGCGGUCGCGGCGCCCGAGAUUGGUCGGCUUGACAGCCUCUCCGUGUUCUGCCCAGACGACGAAACAGGCUGGGGACCGGCUGCAGCUGCUGCAGGACCGAUUUGACGGCGCUGUGCUCUUCAAGCCGCCAAUGCCACCUGCGGCGCAGACCACCGAAUGGGCGGUGAUAGAUCCCAGUCGCGAGCAGCAUGUUAUGCUCCAGAGGCUCGUCGAAGGCAUUCAUCAGGGCGCGGCUGCGCUGAACGAGACCGGGGGAACCGAUCUGGUCGGGACCAGUUGGUUGACCAAGGAGUUGUUGCUGCAGGACCCAGGCGCCCUGGGCCGGCUACGUGGCAUGCUGCGGGCUGCACAAGACGAGUUUCGACUGUGCGGGGGUGGCCCUGCUGUGGUCCAGCACGGCCUGCUCGCACUGCACCUUGCGGCAGCCUCCGUGGAAGUUUGCCUGGUCAUCGGCCCAGCAGAUGCACACAAGGUGUUGUCAGACGCACCGGUGGACGGCUUGCCGUGGGUGCGCAGCUUGCUCGAAGCUCCUCCGUCGGCGGCGAAGUCGCCCCAGGUGUUGCACCUCCUAGCCUUGCUGGGCAGGGCGCCCGCGGCAAGCCGCGUGCUGGUCUUCGUGGACACGCGCGCGACUGCACGCCGCUUGUGCGAUCUGCUUCGAGCGGAGCCCAGUGUAGCUGGCAGGUUCAGCCCUGAUAUCGUCGUCGGCCAUGGGGGUGCAGAUGGAAUGGAUUGGUUCGGCGGCCAGGAUGCAGCACUGGCGGCAUUUGCAGAAGGCGAGACACGGCUGCUGGUCUGCACAUCCGUACUUGAAGAGGGCCUCGAUGUGGCUGCCUGCGACCUGGUAGUACGGUUUCAGGGCGUUGGGUCCCUGAUUUCCCUCGUGCAGAGCCGCGGCCGCGCUCGCAAGCAGCACAGCCGAUUGGUGGUCGUGCUCCCGAGCGCGAUGCGCACUCGCGUGUUGGAGAUGGAAGACCGCGAGCGCCUCAUGAACUGCGUCUUGGAGCAGCGGGCAGCCCAAGACCGGGUGCCUUGUGCGAGGACGCAGGAGCGCAUCCGGGAGCUCGGCCGGCGCUCCAGCACGGGUCAGCCAGGCGCGCCCGCCACUGGGGAGCGUUCCACGCGCGAGGCGGCGGAACAGCAGAAGCCACGGCUGGUGGUGAAGCUGGUCUGCUUCGCGAACGGCCGCAGCGAGGAGAAGCUCAAGGAAGCCAUCCUGAACUCGCUGGAGGCCGCGGCGCUGGGGCUUGGGGUGCAGCGGAUCGAGGCAGUUCCGCAGGCGGCCGCGGUGUCGACUGCCACCGCCUCUGCCUUCGGGCGGGACGACGCGGUGGUGCUCGUCAAGCUCAAAGGCGACACCGUGGGAGGUUCGGGCCAGAGCGCCGCCGCCUGCUACCAGGCCCUCUGCCGCGGCUGGGACUUCGGCAGCACGGCGUCACCGCCCGUGACGACGUGGGCACAGCUAGUUGAUGGCGAGAUGCGGUCUGGACGUAGCGUCCAGUCCAGCUGGCCAGUGGACCGGGUAGCCAUUGGGCGCUUCGAGGAUCGCCGGACGUUCUGCGCCAGAUUUGAGGCCACGGAUGGUAUUGUGGCGACUGCCUCGAUAGCAUUCUCUUCGAGGCAUCACGUGGAGAUCUGCGUGCCAGACGUGUGGAACACUCUGGAUAGGGGCGCUCUGGGUCUCUUCGGCGCGCAGGUCGGCGCGCAGGUCCAGCACAUCUUCAUCCGGGUCGACCUCCGCACCCUGGCUGGUUUCGGCCUUCUAAGCUGGGACCGGGUGGACGCGGUUACCCUCUACCUCCAGCUGCUUUCGGUGCCAGUGGUUGGCGUCGCUUUCAUGCGAGGUGAGCUUCUGCAUGAGGAGAGGAUCUGUGGCUUGGGCGACCACCCCCUGCUGGCCGCGCUGGCGGCGGACUUCGCGCUGGCCGUGAGGCUGCCGCUGGAGCAGCGCCAGGUUCUGGAGCUGCGCGCUCUGCUCAGCGAGGCCGAGGCCAUGCCCGCGCCAAUCUUCGACGCUCGCGUGGCCGAGGUCACGAGGCCGAGGCAGCGCGGCUUCUCUCUCGAGGAGCGCCUGGACUGCCUCAACGCCGACCAGCCAGGCGUGAGGGAGUGCCACUGGGCGCUGGGGGUUCUGGCGACCACCUGCCCUGCGCUCUCCUCGGAGUGCCUGGACGCCAUCGCCCAGACGUGCUGCGAGCUCGCAGACGACCGCAUGGGGAGUUUGAACCCGCUGCUUGGCUGGGAGGAGUCCGUCACCGCCGCCACCGCGGCCGUCUACGCAGCGGCCGAGGCGUGCGAGGGGAGGUCCUGGCCCAGCGCCUCUGAGGCCUUCAACGCCGCGCUGGGCAGCUUCAGGAAGGUGUCGUCGGGGCGCCUGCGGCGGUUCCAGCUCACCCCAGGGCCCAACCAGGUCUUGCUCAAGCGGGUCGUGGUGACCCCUUCGCGCGUCGUUCUGCUCCCCGCCGUGCCAGUACAGACCUCGCGCCUGCUGCGCCGCUUCCAGCACCUGGAGUUCGUCUCUGUACACUUUCUGGAAGAGCAGCUCCAGAGCCUGCGCGGCACCGAGACACUUACAAACCUAGAGAGUGUGCUCACCCAGGGAUUCACAGUUGGCGGCACGAGGUUCCACUAUUUCGGAAGUUCGGCAUCGCAGCUUCGCGCACAUUCCGCCAUGUUCGUCGCUGUCGAAAACGCAUGCCCGAGGCCCCCGCGUCCACUCGGAGAAGUUUGGACGCUGCGCGACGACAUUGUCCGCGAUCGCAAUGCUUUCCGCUCCAUUGCGAAGUACAUGGCGAGGUUGGGCCUGUACAUGACGGCUGACACCCCGGCAGUCGACCUGGAUCCGUGCGACACGUACCGAAUGGACGACGCGCGGGCAGAGGAUGGCGCUUUGCUGACCGAUGGAGCGGGCAAAGCGUCUCGCUUAUUCGCUGAGCAGGUGAAGGAUGCUCUGGGACUGGCGGAGGCCCCCUGCGCCAUGCAGUUCAGGUGGGCUGGCAUGAAGGGCGUCGUGCUCACGGUCGGUGAUGAUGAUUGGGAGCUGUGCGCUGCACGGGCAGGGCUCGGCAGGGCGUGCCGCCUCGUCCACCGACCGUCCAUGCACAAGUUCGAGUGCGACGACCACGGGUUCUGCGUCGUGAGCUGCUCCGCGCACCGCACCGCCCACCUGAACCGAGAGGUCAUCACACUCCUCACGAGCCUGAAGCACGCUCUAAGCGGCUGGGAUGCCUCGAACUGCUGGGACCCAGAGGCGGCGGCCAUCGAGCGCCAGGAGGCGGCGCUGCGGGACGCCGCCGGCAUGUUUGUGGACGAGGAGCGCGCCGCGGCCGAGCUGGCCGACGCCGUGCCUCUGGAGUGGCGCGCCCUGGUGCGCGAGGCCCAGGCCCGCAUGAGCAUCCUCGUGGAGCCCUUCUGGCUGUCGAUGCUGAGCAGGAUCUACCGGCUGCGCGUGCGAGACCUGGCCACGAAGGCGCGCAUCCCCCUCCCGCACAGCGACGCUGCACUGCUCCUCGGGGUGCCGGACCCCUGCGGCGUGCUCAGAGACGGGGAGGCGUUCGUCCAGGUGGAGUAUCCAGUCCGCGAUCCUCGCCAACCCGACGGGGCCGGGACGGCCAGGAAGCUCGUCACCGGCGACCUGCUGGUGCACCGCAACCCGUGCUUGCACCCGGGGGACCUCCAGAGGCUGCGCGCCGUCGACCGGCCAGAGCUGCGCUCCCUGAAGAACGUGCUGGUCUUGCCGGUGGUUGGUCGGAGGUCUGUCGCCGCCUGCUGCAGCGGUGGCGAUCUGGACGGGGACAUGUUCUCCGUCAUUUGGGCUGCGGACUUGGUGCCGCCAUCAGCAGCGACGCACCCUGCGCUCGACUACGACGCCAUCCUUGCCGAGGCGGGGGCGGCUGUCGGGAGCACGGCGGAGAGCAGCCAGUGGGAAGACAAGGAUCUCGUGCACUUCUUCUGCCGCGUGGUCGUCAACGACACCCUCGGCAGGAUCGCCCAUACGCACCUAGCGCUCAGCGACAUGCUGCCGCGCGGUGCGAUGGAUCCGCUGGCCAUCGAGUUGGCCAAGUCGCAGUCGUUGGCAGUCGAUUUCCCAAAGACCGGAGUGCCGCCAGAGGUACCAGAGGACGCGCUCAAAGAAGUGUCGAAGCAGGGCUACCCUGACUUCAUGCAGAAGCCCUUCAGCCAGACUUACACCUCUGAGAAGGUGUUGGGUCUGCUGUUUCGCCGCUGCGUGUCCCUUGACACCGAUUACGAGACAGCGGCUGCAUUCGAUGUGGACGAGGCGUUGUUGCUUCCUGAGCGCCUUGCCUGGCGCGAGAAGGCUGCCCAGGCGUGCAGCAUGUUCGAGUUGGAAUUAAGACGGCUUAUGGUAUCACACGGCCUCAGGCACGAGACCGAGGCGAUAUUGGCAACUCCCUUGCGAUGGCACCCCACAGCAGCGGACAGGGGUAAGGCCUCGCACCGCAUCCGAGCACACUUUUCGCUGCUGCUGCAAAAACACCGCGAGGCAUUCUUCGAAGGGCUGCGGGAGCCAGACUAUUGCCCGAAAGCCUCGGCGUGCUACGAGGCGGCGUACCGGCCCGCGCCAGGCGGCCGCAGCUGCCGCUGCUUCGCAUGGGUCGUGGGCGAUGUUCUCUGCCAGAUCAAAGCGGGCCUCGCCAGCCCCGCCAGCGGCCCGGCCUGCGACCGCGUGCACGAGCUAGUGGGCGAGAGCGCCUUGAGACACGUGCAGUUGUCGCUCCCCGAGGUGGAGAGCAUGGUGCGCAGUAAGCUGGCGGUGCUGGAGACGGUGCAGAGCGCUCUGAACGCCUACUGUGCCAGCCUGCUCGGUGGGGCUGCUGCCGAGCAGGUGUUCGAGGCUCGGGCGUUCGGCUCCACUUCGAUUUUCCUCUGCGAGCCCGAGUCCGACUUAGAUAUAUGCAUCACGCCAUGCCCCAGCGCAUACCUCCCGCCGUUCGUACCCGCGGCGAUCGCUUCGCAGUUCGAUUCGCUCGACGCAGCUGCUCGCCAGCGUCAUUUCCUCCAGACAGUCGUCUCUCCAGCACUCGACUCCGUCGCGCACGCCAAGCGGGAGGCGCUGCAGGCCCCUGUCCCCGUGCUGAGAUUGGUCCUUCCGGGCGUUAUCGACGCCGAGGAGCAAGUUCGCGUGGACGUCGUCCUGAGCCAGGAUGGCCUCGGGAAGGCGCGGCACUUCCGCGCCGCCCUCUACGCGAGGCUGGGCCCGGCGGCCUUCGCGGCCGCCCUGCUCAUGACCUCGUGGGCGCGCGGGGUCGGCCUGGUGCGGAGCCAGCAGGCGGAGGCGCCGGCCGCGGCGGGCUCGGGCGCUCCGCUGCAGGCGGCGAUGGUGCCCGGGGAGUGGUACGCGCUGCUUGUGCACCUGUGCCAGGCCGUCGUCGACGGCGGGCAGGCGCGGGCGCGGGCAACUGGCGCGGCGCCCGCCGGCGCGGCGGCCGGAGCCGAGGACGCGUCCGCGGACGCGCUGGAGGGCGCUCUGCAGCGGCUGGCGGACGGCGUGGCAGGGCUCCGCCCGGGGCGCCUCGGCGAGGUCGGACGCCUGCUCCUCGGGCUCCUCGGCGCGGCUGCCGCCGCCUCUGGCGACCUCACGCUCACGUGGCCAGUGGAAGGCAGGCCUCAGCACACCUUGCCUGCCAGGGUCGUCUCUGCCGUCGCGGGCCUCGCGAGGCAGGCGGGGGAGGUGCUGUCCGCCACGCGCAGCUGGGAGGCCACGCUGGCCACGAGUGCGGCCGACAAAGCGGCCUCCAUCACGCGCCGGCUGUCGAGGUCGCUCUCCUUCCGCAUCCAUGGGCACUGCGCGUUCCACGAGGCGCACCUGCACGCGGUGUCCGGCGCAGUGGUCCACCUGGAGGAGGAGCCAGACUCGGACUUGCUCUUGUUGCGGGCCACAGGGGUCCCAGCGGCGAUCCAGCGGCUGCAGCGCGAGCUGCAGCGCUACACCCACGCGGCGGUCGCCGUGGGCGCCCCCCACACAAAGGCAUCGCGGUAUUUCAUGGAGGGUUCCACGCGGGUCUUUUUCGAGGGCGCGCCGUCCCCUGCCGCGAGGUUGCGUUUCCAGGCCGCGUUGUGCGCGCACCACCCGGCACACAGCGCGUGCGAAAGGCAGCGGCCGCAGCUGAAUUCUCCAGAGCCAGGGACCGCGUGGGAGGUGGCGGCGAGGGCGCGGUUCCUGGACAUGUGGGCGGCGCAGGUGGGGAAGCUGCCAGUGCACAGCAGCUCUCACAUGGAGUCCCUCAGCGUCAGCGCGCGGUUCGGCGUCUUCUACGCCACAGACGUCACAGACAAGCUCCCCGAGACGUCCCUCACCAUGUCGGCGGCAGAGCUGGAGGAGGCGAUGGUGAAGCACCGGCGCAAUCGAAAGUCCUGCUGGCGGGAAUUUCCAAACGCGGGGCUGCCCGCGCGCGGCGGGCCAGACGCCAGCGGCAACGCGUUCGACAAGACACCCAUCCAGCCGUCCAAGGGCCUGGUCGGCAACAACGCCGCCAGAGGCAGGCGCAAGCACAAGCGCUCCAGGCAGCCCGGCCUCGGCACCUCGUUCUGCCCCGGCCUGUUGCCCAGCAACCGGUGCGAGGAAGAGUUGCGGCUGCGCUGCGCAGGGGCGUACAAGGCCGCGCUCCGCGGCGCAGGCUUCCGCGAGGCGGCCGCCCCGCAUUCGCGGCAGGGCACCUGGAAGGCGAGCUUCUUCGCGUCGCAGGCCUUCGAGCUCCAGGUGCACCUGGACGCCUCCCUCGGCGUCACCGGGCUCGACGAGCGGCCGCUCUGCUGGGCGCACGCCACGCUGGUGGGCGGGCCCGCGGGCGCGGAGCGCCAGCGGCUCCUGCGCGGGCACGACGUGCGCCUGAAGGUGGAGACCUCCGACCCAGUCCCCCUGGACAGCCCGUUCCGCGAGCAGGUGCUCCCUGGCGGCGGGGCCCCCAUCGAGGUACGGAACGGCCUGCCGGCGCCCUCUCCCAGGCUGCCACACAGGCUGCAGGACCGCGUGGCCUUCGCGCGGCGCCUCGACCGGGCCGAGGCGCUCCGGCUCCCGCCGCAGGACGGGCGCCCGGAGGCCACCGCGGAGGUGCUCACGGGCUCCGACUUCGUCGGGAGAAAGCUGCAGCUGCGCCGCGACUUCUGCGAGCUGAGCCUCAAGUUUAGCCAGGGCGCGCUGCGCGCGGCGCUGCUGCAGGGCGGGGGCGCCGUGCGCGCCUAUGGCGACCACGUGUGGCAGACCUCGCUGGCGGUCUCGAGGGCUCUGAGGGAGGCCGUCGAGGCGUCGGAGCGGCCACCCGCGUAGGGCGACGGCGGUCGACGAUCAGAGACCCGCGCGGCGCGGCACGCUGGCCCUCCGCAUGUGCAUCUAGCGCGCGGCCUCCGCGUGCUGCACACGCGUGCUUUCCAGCGGUCUGGCGGGGCGCGCGGUGCGGCUGCGGUGCGCCCGCUCUGCUCCUGGAACGGUCGCGCUCGCCCAGAGCGCGCCCCUGCGCGCUGGCGCGCUGGCGCGCUGGCGCUGCCCCGGAGUCGAGCCUCUGCGGCCGAAAUGCGCCUCCUCGUCCCCCUCUUCCUGCUGCC